AUGGACUUAACCCGUUGCACUUUCUGCUUCCAAUAUGCCCCAAAGCUCAUCCCUGCAACAUUGCGCCGGCAGACCACUCCAAAACCUAACUCGAGAACAGUCUCCAACAACCAUGCAACAACAUCAACCAUUAGGAUGGUGGUUAAAGCGCGAGGAGGAAGGGGUGGAGGAAGAAGAGGAGCGGCAGACGCCGAUACUGCAGUUGUUGAGAAGCCAAAGAAAAAGAGAUUUCAGGUAUCGGAGGGCCAUCCUGCGCCAUUCGGUGCCACUCUUCGAGACGGUGGCGUCAAUUUUGCGAUAUAUUCGGCCAAUGCCGUUUCUGCUACUCUCUGCCUCAUUACCCUCUCGGAUUUGCAGCAGAAUAGAGUUACAGAGCAGAUAUCUCUUGAUCCAUUGACAAAUAAGAUUGGAGAUGUCUGGCAUGUAUUUUUGAGAGGAGACUUUAAAGAUAUGCUAUAUGGCUACAUAUUUGAUGGCAAGUUCUCUCCCAAAAAAGGUCAUUAUUAUGAUUCUUCCAAGAUACUCUUGGAUCCAUAUGCGAAGGCAGUUAUAAGCAGAGGGGAGUUUGGGGCUUUAGGGCCUGAAGAUAAUUGCUGGCCCCAAAUGGCCUGCAUGGUGCCUACUUCUGAAGAUGAGUUUGACUGGGAAGGUGAUUUGCCUCUGAGGUAUUCACAAAGAGACCUCAUCAUAUAUGAAAUGCACGUUCGAGGAUUUACAAGGCAUGAAUCAAGCAGGACAGAGUUUCCUGGUACUUACCAUGGUGUGGUGGAGAAGCUUGAUCACUUGAAGGAACUCGGAGUCAACUGCAUAGAAUUAAUGCCAUGUCAUGAAUUCAAUGAGUUGGAGUACUACAGUUACAAUUCUGUCUUGGGUGACUACAAGUUGAACUUUUGGGGAUAUUCAACAGUCAAUUACUUUUCUCCCAUGAUAAGAUAUUCAUCUUCUGGUAUGUGUAACUGUGGUCGUGAUGCAAUCAACGAAUUCAAAUAUCUUGUUAAAGAAGCACAUAAACGAGGAAUUGAGGUCUUCAUGGAUGUUGUUUUCAAUCACACAGCUGAGGGCAAUGAGAAUGGUCCCAUUCUGUCUUUUAGAGGUGUUGAUAACAGUGUCUAUUACAUGCUGGCGCCUAAGGGAGAAUACUAUAAUUAUUCAGGUUGUGGAAACACAUUCAAUUGUAACCAUCCUGUGGUGCGUCAAUUUAUAUUAGACUGCUUAAGAUAUUGGGUGACAGAAAUGCACGUGGAUGGCUUUCGCUUCGACCUUGCUUCAAUUAUGACCAGGAGUAGCAGUCUCUGGGAUUUGGUUAAUGUAUUUGGAAAUCCUUUAGAAGGCGACUUGAUAACAACCGGUACCCCUCUCAACAGUCCCCCAUUGAUUGAUAUGAUGAGUAAUGAUCCUGUACUUCGUGGAGUGAAGCUUAUAGCUGAAGCAUGGGAUACAGGUGGCCUGUAUCAAGUUGGCUCAUUUCCUCACUGGGGUAUUUGGUCAGAAUGGAAUGGGAAGUAUCGAGACAUAGUACGGCAGUUUAUCAAGGGUACAGAUGGAUUUUCUGGAGCUUUUGCGGAAUGCCUUUGUGGAAGCCCUAACUUAUAUCAGGAAGGAGGAAGGAAACCAUGGAACAGUAUCAACUUUGUAUGUGCACAUGAUGGUUUUUCUUUGGCAGAUUUAGUUACCUAUAAUAACAAACACAACUUAGCAAACGGGGAAGACAACAAUGAUGGAGAAAGUCAUAAUAAUAGCUGGAACUGUGGACAGGAGGGUGAGUUUGCAAGAAUUUCAGUGAAGAAACUGAGGAAACGCCAAAUGCGGAAUUUCUUCCUCUGCCUUAUGGUUUCCCAAGGUAUCCCAAUGAUUUGCAUGGGUGACGAAUAUGGUCACACAAAAGGGGGAAACAACAAUACAUACUGCCAUGAUAAUUAUAUUAACUACUUCCGUUGGGAUAAAAAGAAAGAGUCUUCAUCAGACUUCUUCAGGUUCUGCUGUCUCAUGACCAAUUUCCGCCGUGAAUGUGAGUCACUUGGCUUAAAUGACUUCCCAACAGCAGAGAGACUGCAGUGGCAUGGUCAUACUCCUGGAAUGCCAGACUGGUCUGACAAAAGCCGUUUUGUGGCUUUUACACUGAUUGAUUCUGUGAAGGGAGAAAUCUAUGUUGCUUUCAACACCAGUUAUUUGCCUGUUACGAUUACAUUGCCGGAGCGCCCAGGAUAUAGAUGGGAGCCAUUGGUGGACACCAGUAAGCCUGCACCAUUUGAUUUUCUCUCCAAUGAACUCAAAGAAAGAGAUAUUGCCAUCAAACAAUAUGCUCAAUUCCUUGAUGUCAAUCUGUACCCCAUGCUCAGUUAUUCUUCUAUUAUUCUGCUCCUUUCACCAGAUGAAAAUGCUUAGAUUAAAAUCUGUAUCAUAAGCUCAAGGCUUGAAACGCUAGUUUCAUGAAGUUGUUAUGUGCUUUGGAGCAAGCCAUGAAAAUGAAAAUAUUCUCAGAUCUAUGCGUUAUAUUCCUAAAGCCUGCAGCAAGUAACAGCUCUUGUUGGCUGCAGAUACUUGUUUUAUAUCAUAGGUUCGUGCAGAAGAAAAGUUUUUGUUAGUCACGUCAUGUAAAUUCAUCAGGUAAAGAUUGUGUGAAUAAUAAUAUGAUGCUUCCAUAAAAUUCCUGAGAUUGAAAUUCUGUAACCACUGCAUCAAGCAAAAAUCAUUGUAAAUUUAUUCUUCUAUUUAGUUUGGUCCUCAAGUUGUACCUGUCCUUAGACUCGUGCAAAUUGAAUUCUGUACUCCGUGCUUUUGUUCAAUAUCAAUCUAAUAAUA